AUGCCCGCGCGCGUCUCGCCGCCACCGGCCGCCGACCUGAGCAGCGGCCUCACUCCCCAACAGCUCGACUUCUGGAACACAAAUGGCUACCUGCUCAUCCCCGAUGCCCUGAGUCCCGACACGACAAAAGCGCUGCUUCAAGAAGCCCACACCAUGCUCGAUGACUUCUCACUCGACGACCAUCCAAUGACCAAGUUCAGCACUGGCGAGAAGAGCCAUCAUGUCGGCGACAGCUACUUCCUCGACUCGGGCGACAAGGUCCGCUUCUUCUUUGAAGAGGACGCCUUCGACACAAACGGCCACCUGACCAAGCCGAAAUCAAAAGCCAUCAACAAAAUCGGCCAUUACCUCCACGGUCUCUCCCCCCUCUACCGCUCAGCCUCCCUCUCCUCCUCCAACGCCGCAAUCGCAAGAUCCCUCGGCUACACAGACCCCCGAAUUUUGCAAUCAAUGAUCAUCUGCAAGCAACCGGAAAUCGGUGGUCGCGUCCCUCCACACCAAGACAGCACAUUCUUAUACACCGAUCCACCUUCAGCAGUAGGCUUCUGGUACGCAUUAGAGGACGCAACGGCAGAAAAUGGUUGCUUGAGUUUUGCGGCGGGGAGUCAUCGUCGCGCGCCCAUUCGCUCGAGAUUUGUGCGUCAACAUGCUGAAGAGCAAGAUGGCGAAGAUGCAGAUGCUACCGGCACUACUUUUGCUGAAAACGCUGGCUCGCAAUGGCCUGCUGAUCUCACCGAGGACACUACCGUGAAGAAAGAAGUCUACGAGCUCGGUGAAGUCAAAGCCGGCACCUUGGUCCUCAUACACGGAAACCUUUUGCACAAGAGCGAGAAGAAUACGAGUAUGAAGGGCAGAAUGAUAUAUACAUUCCAUUGCAUCGAGGGCGGCAACGAGUACGACGGCAGGAAUUGGUUGCAGCCCCCUGAAGAGGGUUUCUCAAAGCUCUAUCAGUCAUAG